CAGACCUUGGACGUUAUAAGUGGUUCAUGACAGCCCUCUUUAACACUUCAUUUUACACCUCUGCCCACGCGUGACACCGCUGCGGGACUUGGUGCGGUCAGCCUGAAAACUUUCCCCUGCUGUUGGUGUUUCUGGAGGAACAGGUGGAAAGUUCUGCUGCUCUUUAAUGAUGAGAAACUCAUGGCAGGACUGAGACGGAGUACUGAACAUCCCUCCCUACCCUGUCUUAGACUCCUUUCCUGUCAUCUCCAUCUUCUGGACUGUUUCACGAGGACAUUCAGUCACACGGAGCAGAAUCAAAACCAAGUAAAAACCGUUUAAGAAUUGACGUUCGCUUUGACAGCUCACCAUAUGAGCUCUGAAACUUUUCUGGCCUGUGGAGGUAGAUCUGCUAUCUCUGUUGUUUUUCUAUUCCACUUUUCAGUUGUCGGUAAUGUAGUAAUUCAACUGAUACUGUUAGAAGCAUUUGCUGUCGUGAUGGCCGCUGCCUCGUCAUCCGAGAAACUGCUGCAGCUCCAGGAGGUGGACUCCAGUCGAACUGGUAGCCAUGCUCUCGCCUCGAUCCUCAGCUCCUCUUCUCCUGGUCUGUCCCGUGAAACGAGCCAGCCCAUUUGCAUCCAUUCGCCGUAUACUGACCUUGGCCAUGACUUCACCACCAUACCUUUUUACAGUCCAACUAUCUUUAGUUAUGCUGGUCCCAGCAUUUCAGACUGUUCCUCUGUCCAUCAAUCACUAAGCGCCUCUUUAUUUUGGCCUAGCCACGGCCGUGUGGGGACACCCAUUACGCUGCACUGCCCCCAGAGCCGACCCCAGCAAGGCCAAACAGUCCAGCCUCCGUGGGACAGUGCUGUAACAGCUAGCAAGAGCGUGAGGAGGCAUUCCCAGGAGAGUGAGGAAGGCAUGGUGUCAUCAGGUGGAAAGGCAGACCUCCACUAUUGUGCUGUGUGCCAUGACUAUGCUUCCGGCUACCACUAUGGAGUCUGGUCAUGUGAAGGAUGUAAAGCCUUCUUCAAGAGGAGCAUUCAAGGACACAAUGAAUACAUCUGCCCAGCAACCAAUCAGUGCACUAUAGACAAGAACCGUCGUAAGAGCUGUCAGGCAUGUCGCCUUCGCAAAUGCUAUGAAGUUGGCAUGACCAAAUGUGGUAUUAGAAAAGAGCGUGGAAACUGCAGGAACUCGCAGCCAAGGCGAGUAAUCCGUCUGUCCUCACAGAACAAAGCAACCAAACCAAAGGGUGGACCAUCUGAGGGUUCAUUAAAUGAGCCCCAACAACCUGAACUGACCCCAGAGCAGCUGAUUGAGCGGAUAUUGGAGGCAGAGCCGCCAGAGAUCCAUCUCAUGAAGGACAUGAAGAGCCCGCUGACUGAAGCAAGCAUUAUGAUGUUGCUCACCAACCUGGCUGAUAAGGAGCUGGUUCACAUGAUCAGCUGGGCCAAAAAGAUUCCAGGGUUUGUCGAGCUUAGCCUUGUAGACCAGGUCCAUCUGUUGGAGUGCUGCUGGCUGGAGGUGCUGAUGAUCGGACUGAUGUGGAGGUCAGUGGACCAUCCAGGGAAACUCAUCUUCUGCCCUGACCUCAGCCUGAGCAGAGAAGAGGGGAGCUGCGUUCAAGGCUUUGUGGAGAUCUUUGACAUGCUGAUAGCUGCCACAACCAGGGUGAGAGAGCUCAAGCUGCAGAGGGAGGAGUUCGUCUGCCUCAAGGCCAUGGUCCUCCUCAACGCCAACAUGUGCCUCGGCUCCUCAGACUGCGGUGAGGACCUGCAGAGCCGGUCCAAGCUGCUGCGCCUCCUGGACGGCGUGACGGAUGCUCUGGUGUGGGCCAUCGGCAAAAGUGGCCUCACCUUCCGUCAGCAGUACACCCGCCUCGCCCACCUGCUCAUGCUGCUUUCACAUAUCCGCCAUGUCAGUAACAAAGGCAUGGACCACCUCCACUGCAUGAAAAUGAAGAACAUAGUGCCUCUAUACGACCUGUUGCUGGAGAUGUUGGAUGCCCACAUCGUGCACAGCUCUCGCCUGCCUCACCGGCCUCCUCGGCAGGACUCCAAGGAUCAGAGCGAGGCUCCUGCUCAGCCACACAGCUCUGGAAGCGGCCCCUCAAAUACCUGGACACCCAGUAGCGCUAGAGCCGGAGGUGAACCCCAGUAGUCAGAUCAGAAUUCAGAUGCAAAUGAAUUUUCAUUGCUUUCCACAAAACUUGUUCAGAGGACUGAAGAGGUGCUUCACAGAAAUGAUGUGCAAAGACUGAGAGCUGGAUUCUGCGAUCUGCCACUGGUGAAUCUUUGACACACUGUGCACGGUUUCUGGUGAACUUCCCAAGUUAAACACGUGGAAGACUGAUUGCACUAUAUUGCCACUAUAUUAUCAAAAGGCUUGAGAAAAACAGGAACAAACUGUCAAACUGGUCAUUUAAUCAAUGGGAACUGUACUUAAACAUGGUUGUAAUAUUAACGGGACCUUUAAAUUAACCAACCAACAAACCAAAAAUCAUGCAGAAAAAUGAAACAUAACUGAUUUGAUUACACUUUGUAAUGACAGCAUGUAUUUAAUCAGAGUUUGUACAGUUUGCUGGAGCAUCCCGGCAGGUGUAACAAGCAUGCGUGUAACUGAGUCCCACAAACAGAAAACUCAGAGGUAAAGUCUGAGUUAUGGAAAUCUUAUACUGUGAAAUUUACAGUGCUCACUGGCGUAUUCUCUUCGACAAAUCUGAAUUUGUGCUUUGGCUUUCUUUGUGUGGAUGUUUUAAUGCUUAGGUGGUGGCUUUUCUGUACAUAUGGACUUGAGGUUCAAUGUUAAGGCUGCAGCGAAAGAUUGUCAUUAUUGAUUAUUCUGCUAGUUAAUUAACCAGUUUAUUGUUGGGUCUAUGCAGUAAAGCACUUGUUAUGAUAUCCAACACACCAGGGUUACAUCUUUAUCUGUUUUGUCCAACCAACAGUUUCACGUGAAAUUGUGUUAAUUUAAUGCUGUGUAUGACAUACAUAGAAUUGAGAAGGAGGAUUUCAAAAUAAUCACUGAUUAAUUUUCCUGUAGAUCAACUUAUUGAUCUAGUUUUCAUAACCAGAGAACAUUAAUUAACUCUGGUCACCUCUUCUAAAACCUGAACUAGAUUUAAAAACAAAAAACAGAGACCAAAGCCAUGCAGCAGUCUAUAAAAUGGACUAGAUAACCCAGGGCACUAUGAUGCAUGAAAACAGGCCAUACUCUGUAUCCUCCUGUGUAAGGGAUUCAUUUGAUUUGGUAAAACUAGAUUUUUGGGAUUUGUGGUAUAUUGCUUUAAAUACAGUGCUCAAAAAAUUAAGGGAAUACUUGAUCAUUAUCAUGUAACACAAAGACAGUUAAACUUCAGGCAUAUCAAUCUGUCCAGUUAAGAAGCAUUUCCAGUGCAACAGUUGCACUGGAGAUUCAACAAGACAACCCACCAAAAGGUGAUGGUUUGGCAGGUGGUGGCCACAGAGCAUCGCUCUCUUCCUUCUUACUGAUUUUUUUUUUUUUUUAUCUUUUUCUUGUUACCCCUCAGCCUAAAAAGGCUAAUGGGGGAAAUGUCAUCACCCAACUUUCAACUUUCUGAAUGCAAUAAUUUGAGAAUGAUGUCACCUAGGUUUUUCAAAUUGAUACAUAGAUGCAUCUUCUAAAAAUCUUGGACAAGUUGGAAUCUCAUCGACCUUGACCUCAAGGUCAAGUUUUCUGAAAAUCUUGUCAAUGUGAUAACUCUAACGAUGUGACCUACCAUUUUCAAAUUUGAAUCUCAGGGACCUCGGUUUAACUGACUUUGUGUUAUGCUGUGAUUAUUGAGUGUUCCCUUCACUUUUUUUUUUUUUUGUUUAACAGUGUGAUGAAAGGCAGCAUUUGCACAAAAAAAACUGUUACUUUGUUAGCAUCUCACAUAUCUGUUGAAUUACUGACAGAGUUGUUUCCUCUGGGUUAAACAUGAGCUAAAUUGGUAGUUGAUGUGAGUGCUUUUCUUCUUUAGCUAAAAAGCUGACAUAAAAAAUCUGAUCUGAAUGCUGAUAUCUUUUAAAUGCAGUUAUUUGAAUAAUAAUUUAAAAACCCAGCUGUUUCCAGCUGGUUCCUUUUUACUUGCUCACGCCUGUCUUUGCUUUAUUGUCAAAGAUGCCUUACUUGUUUCCUGUACAGAAUCAUAACCACUUUGCUCUUAUGCCGACGUAGCACUCAAAGAAAAUUUUUGUACUUUUAAACUCGCUACAGUUGCUCUUUGUGACAUGAUGCAGCUUCAACAAUCAGGAUGACUGCAGGGUUCAUCAGAUGCAGGCCUCUGGACUCUCCGGUCCUUCUGUACACCUUGUGCUUUUCCUCUCAUCACCCUUUUGUCACCAAACUGUUUUACCGCUGCGCACAGGUACUUCUUGUUCCUUUCUGGUGAAAACUUUUGAUGAAUGUAUAAACCAGUCAAACAAUAAGUGAGAGGACCAUUUGGCUUUUUUUUUGUCAGUUAUCAAACACUAAUCUCCACUGUGUUUAACCA